ACUGUCUCGAUCCAUCAGUUUUAUAUGGCAAACUCUCCCGCUGCUGCUGCAGCCGCAGCCACAGCCGCAGCCGCUACAGGCGGUGACUCCCGACGUCGUCUAUCCGCUUCCAUAGAAGCAAUAUGCAAGAGGAGAUUCCGGAGAAAUAGCAAAGGCGGUGGUAGAUCUGAUAUGGUGAAACCUUUUAGUAUCAUAAGUUUCCCGGCACAAGACAAAAACACUAGUUGUUGUUGUUGCAGCAAGUUUCAGAUCGUGAAGAUUCUCUUGUUUAUACUUCUCUCUGCUACGCUCUUCACCAUCAUCUAUUCUCCUGAAGCUUAUCAUCAUUCUCUUUCACAUUCUUCUUCUCGAUGGAUAUGGAGAAUACAAGAUCCACGUUACGUCUCGGAUCUGGACAUAAACUGGGACGAUGUGACCAAAACCCUUGAGAGCGUCCAAGAAGGCCGUACCAUCGGUGUCUUGAAUUUUGAUUCGAACGAGAUCCAAAGAUGGAGAGAAGUAUCCAAGAGAAAGAAAAAUGAGGAUGAAGAAAACCUUGUCUUAUUGAAUCUAGACUAUGCAGAAAAGAACGUGACUUGGGACGCACUCUAUCCAGAGUGGAUCGAUGAGGAGCAAGAAACAGAGGUGCCUGUUUGUCCUAAUCUCCCGAAUAUCAAAGUGCCUACAAGAAGACUCGAUCUGAUCGUCGUGAAGCUUCCUUGUCGAAAGGAAGGGAAUUGGUCGAGAGACGUCGGGAGAUUACAUCUCCAGCUCGCGGCUGCAACAGUGGCAGCUUCGGCGAAAGGGUUUUUCAGGGGACACGUGUUGUUUGUCUCUAGAUGCUUCCCGAUUCCAAAUCUUUUUCGGUGUAAGGAUCUCGUUUCUCGGAGAGGAGAUGUUUGGUUGUAUAAACCUAACCUUGAUAUCUUGAGAGACAAGCUUCAGCUUCCUAUUGGUUCUUGUGAGCUCUCUCUUCCUCUCGGCAUCAAAGAGAGACCAAGCUUAGGAAACCCUAAAAGAGAAGCUUACGCGACAAUUCUUCACUCUGCUCACGUUUACGUCUGUGGUGCUAUCGCGGCAGCUCAGAGCAUAAGGCAGUCUGGCUCGACGAGAGACCUUGUUAUCCUCGUCGAUGACAACAUCAGCGGUUAUCACCGCAGUGGAUUAGAAGCCGCGGGAUGGCAAAUCCGGACAAUACAGAGGAUUAGAAACCCUAAAGCAGAGAAAGAUGCUUACAACGAGUGGAACUACAGCAAGUUCCGGCUAUGGCAGCUGACUGAUUACGACAAAAUCAUCUUUAUCGACGCGGAUCUAUUAAUCUUGAGAAACAUCGAUUUCUUGUUCUCGAUGCCUGAGAUCUCAGCUACAGGCAACAAUGGAACCCUGUUUAAUUCAGGAGUUAUGGUGAUCGAGCCAUGCAACUGUACGUUUCAGCUUCUUAUGGAGCAUAUAAACGAGAUAGAGUCUUACAACGGUGGAGACCAAGGUUACUUAAACGAGGUAUUCACAUGGUGGCAUCGGAUUCCGAAACAUAUGAAUUUCUUGAAGCAUUUUUGGGUUGGUGAUGAAGAUGAUGUGAAGCGUAAGAAAACAGAGCUUUUUGGAGCAGAGCCUCCUAUUCUUUAUGUUCUUCAUUACCUUGGAAUGAAGCCGUGGUUAUGUUACCGUGAUUACGACUGUAACUUCAAUUCCGACAUAUUUGUCGAGUUUGCUACUGAUAUCGCUCACCGGAAAUGGUGGAUGGUCCACGACGCCAUGCCACAGGAACUUCACCAAUUCUGUUAUUUGAGAUCCAAGCAAAAGGCACAGUUGGAAUAUGAUCGUAGACAAGCCGAGGCUGCCAAGUAUGUUGACGGUCACUGGAAGCUAAGAGUAAAAGAUCCAAGAUUCAAGAUUUGCAUCGAUAAAUUGUGUAAUUGGAAAAGUAUGUUGCGGCAUUGGGGUGAAUCAAAUUGGACUGACUACGAGUCCUUUGUUCCCACCCCUCCGGCCAUUACCGCCGUCCGGAGAUCGUCCUCCCUUCCCGGCCAUAACUUGUGACGCAAUUAUUAUACACACACAUAUUGAUGGGUUUCAUGAAUUUUUAUUUUUGUUUUAAAUGUUGCUGCGAGAUUAGGUAAAUAUCAAUUGUGUAACUAUUUUUUUCCCUAUAUAUAUAGUUUGUUCAAUUGGAAUAAAAUAUUUUUUUAAUUUGAAGUUUA